AUGGGGCUAAUCUCAGAUACCGUCACCUCGCUGAGGGCACUCGCCAGGCCGAGCUACAAGUACAGAGCCAUUCCGGCACCCGUGACGUCCGUGACGAGGCGAAAUCCCGCAUACCAGGUCUUCCAUGAUGAGCUGCCGCCUCGCUCAAGGUAUUUCAGACUAUCAAUGGGCAUCAUGUUGCUCGCCGUCUUUGUCUUUCUGGGCUUUGCCAUCGCGCGUGAUCGAUCAGACUCCAAAUCUUGCGUCAACAACGGCUCUUGCUCACACGAUUUUCGCAAGCACUGGGGCCAGUACUCGCCGUACUUUUCGGCCGACCCGGGACCUAUCAAGCCAGAUGUUCCGUCGGGGUGCGACCUUACUUUUGCGUCAAUCUUGUCUCGACAUGGGUCGCGCAACCCGACCGCCGGCAAAUCCCAGGCCUACAAGGACCUUAUUGAGCGGAUUCAAAAGGAUGUCAAGCGCUAUGGGAAGGGCUUCGGAUUUCUCAAGAAAUACAAGUAUGCUCUGGGUUUUGACGACCUCACCGCCCUGGGCGAGCAGGAAAUGGUCAAGUCUGGAAACAAGUUCUUCGAGCGCUACCAGAAGCUAGCUGAGCAUGCGGCCCAUCCUUUCGUUCGAGCCUCGGGCUCUGACAGAGUCAUCAAGUCAGCGCAAAACUUUGUCCAUGGCUUCUACGAAGCCAAAGCCGAGAAUGGCAGCAAAUACUUGAAGGACAUCUUGGUCCUUCCAGAAGGCAACGACUCCAACAAUACCUUGGACCACGGAACCUGUGGCGCGUUUGAAAAUGGACCUGACGCGGAGCUUGCACACGAUAAACAGGCCCGCUGGAGGAACAUCUGGGCCACUCCUAUAAUGGACCGUCUCAACACGAAGCUUCCUGGAGCCGACAUUACCCUAGAGGAAACGAUUUACUUGAUGGAUCUAUGCCCGUUCAACACGGUUGCAUCGAAAAAAUCGACGCCGUCUGACUUUUGUCGCUUGUUUUCCAAGGAGGAGUGGCUGGGAUAUGAAUACUACGAAUCGCUGGAUAAGUGGUAUGGCUACGGUCCGGGAAAUCCACUGGGGCCGACGCAGGGAGUUGGGUAUGUGAAUGAACUCAUCGCUCGGCUUUCAAACUCCCCGGUUCGAGACCACACAUCAACAAAUGAAACCCUCGACUCAAGUCCGUCAACUUUCCCGCUCAACCGGCCACUAUACGCCGACUUUAGCCACGACAACACUUUGAUGACAGUCUACGGCGCACUAGGCCUAUAUACCAACGCUACCGAAAUGCCCACCGAUCACAGGGUAUCCCCCGAGAAAGCGGACGGGUUUUCAGCUUCACAGGCUGUACCAUUCGGGGCACGCAUGUACGUCGAAAAGAUGCGCUGUGACCAGGACGACCACGAAAUGGUGCGAAUUCUCGUCAACGACAGAGUAACCCCACCCAAGGGCUGCAAGGCGGACAAACUCGGACGUUGUGAAGUGGGUGACUUUCUCAAGGGCUUAGACUUUGCCAAGAAGGGUGGUCUCUGGGACCAAUGCUGA